AUGCUGGCUCGCGAAGCCGGGAGUCGCCGAGCCAUCGGGGCACGUCGGCACAGCCGUCCCAUAACGGACGCAGCAAACAUCGCAAGCACGGGUGAUGCCAAAACGAGGCUGCCAGACCCUGGCGAAGUACAUCCGGCAGAUGUCGAACCUCGGGAAGCCAAGCUCGCCUUGCUUCGCUUGGACCUCAGUCAUAACGGCGUUUGGAGCGAGUUCGAAUCAAUACGGGACCAGGGGCUGCUGAACCUCAUCGCCAAGUCCGACGCCGAUGCUCUUCGCGACGAGGUCUUGUCGGCUGCAUUGCUGGAUGACAAGCGCAUUGCCGCAUUGGUCAACGUGGCUCAGCAGUUAUAUCUCGAAAAGGGCUUUCAAUGGCCAGAUCUGUACAUGAAGCUCAUUCAUUCUUUCCUCGAUCAAGGGCGAUAUGACGACGCUGUACGAUGGCACUUGCAACUGGCUUCGAUACUACCUCCUGAAACAGAAGUUUUCGGUGCUUUGCUCUCAAGCUUCGUCAUUGACCCUACUCCGCAGAUGCAGAGCACCCUGACCACGAUCUACGUCUUCAGCACAGAACGGCAACUGUACGAUUUCAUUAUACCCGCCCUGUUUGCUUCUGGCCAGUCGAAGCUUGCUCGCACGUGGCGGAAGAAGCUCAUCUUGUUCAAGGAUUUUCCCGUUUCGACAUCGAAAUCACGGCAGUUUCUCCGAUUCCUUGCCAGAUACUACCCCUCGAUUGAACUGACGGUCGAAGAGGUCGCCGCAGCAGGACUCGACAGCUCCGGUCGUCAUGCGGUAGCAGUCGAAGCCGCCGAAUCAGCGGCAAAUGCGGACCACGACCACCGGUCAGGCCAUUAUAGUGAUGCCCUGGUGGCCAGGUGGUUUGCCAGCACCUGGACGUCUGUUGAAUUCGCCAUCAACCUGGUCCAUAGACUCGGUCUGAAGGUCGUCGGGCCAAGGUCACUUCAGUCACUUGCGCUGCGGGAGGCGAAUGCAAAGGACGUUGCAGAUCGCAUCGCUCAGACCGAGAGACUUGGGAUAGAAAUAUCUCCACAGGCGUACUGCAGAGCGCUGGUGUGUUUUGCCCGACAAGGAGAGGAUGACCUGCUCAGCGAUUUACUGUCGUGUGAUAUCCACCCUGACGAGUUUGACGACCUGGAGACACGGCAGCUGCUGAUGGCCGCUGCCGUCCGCGAGGGCAAUUGGCGGCGAGAAAGGCUAUUCCAGCGUAUCGAGUGGGCCAUCGAAACUGGGCCAUCUUCUCGGCGUCUCAACUCGUUGCUGCGAAGCGAGUUCUGUAAGCGCCGGAUGGGCCAGACACGACUAGUCCUAGAUCGCAUGGAGGCAUUGAGGGUACGAAUGGCUCAGACCAAUGCCACGCAGCUCUUGGAGCGUACCUUCGUCGGUCUGAGUCUGCAUCCUCCCGAGCGUGCUCGCCAAAGACAGUUCAACGAUCCCGUCAACCCCACCUCGCCUCUCAACCGAGCCAUCGAUAUCACGCGUCGCAUAGCUUGUCAUGACGUCGCUAUCCCGAUACAGUAUUGGAGAGUCCUUCUAUACAAUCUGGGGCGAACUGGUCGGUUUGAGGAAUUGGAGCAGCUCUGCUUGGAAAUCACCCAACUCUACCUACCACCCUACGGCGGCUUGAUUCCGGUACAUGAGAAGGAUCUUCCCGCAGCGGCCAUGGGUGAGGGAGCUUUUGCGAGCAAAAGGCUGUCGGGGCCACACACACUCCGAAGUGGCUCAGAGACAGUUCGUGGCACAGCAACGGCAAGGAAAACGCCGCUCAACGACGCGAGUGGUCGCGACUCGGUGGAGAGCUUGUUCAUCCGGCAGGUUGAGAACAUGGAGCGGCUGGACAGGAAUUUGUCGCCAACCUCCGCAUGGACCAAUGGUCCCACCAAUGAUGUUACGGAUGAUCACAUCGAGAUGAAACCCAAGGAGAGCUUCAGCGAUUGGAUCUGCCGCCGGAGGCAGGGUCAAAGCAGCAAAGCGGAAUCCAGUUCAACAGAUAACGACGGCAAAGAGGACAUACCCGCGGACCUGCCAUUCUCGCAUCGGGAGCAUCCUGUGCAACUGAUCUUCGACGCACAGUUGCAGCGUGCCAUUGUGCGCUGGGGCUUUGACCACACUUUGGCCGGACGGCCCAACGCUCCCUCUUUGCUCGACAUCGAGUGCCCAGGAACAGUGGACUUCGAUGUUGCCUGCGGCGUGCAUCUACUCGCACUUUUGCGGGAUCAGGGGGUUCUAAUCGACAUGCAAGUCCUGCGGGCGACGGUUAUAUCCCGCAUUGCACUCGGUCAGGUCCCUGGGCGGCGCAAGGACCGGUCCAGAGACGUCAAUGAAAUGUCACUCGAAAACUUGAAGAGACUGGUGGAUGAGGCGUGGGGCGCGGAGAUUAUGCCAAGCUUGCCAGACAUAAAGAGAGAGCUUGAGCGGCAAAAGCCCAAGCUGUGGAGUCGAUACCCCAAAUUGUUCGGCAAGAUGUUUGACCAGAGACAAAGGGACGGGGAGGGAGGAGCAUGA